UAGUGUAAAAUUACAAACCUUUCAUCUUUAACAAUAAGUUAUGCCAUAUCGUAUUUUCUACCAACCGUCGAUCACUUAAACUUAAUAUCAGACGCCCCAAGCGGAGUUUUAUCAAUUUUACAUUAACUAGAAACAAGAAACCACACGACUCGUAUAUUGUGACAAUGUUUCAUACUAAAUACAUGAGACGGAUAUUAUUUACAUUAAUUUUAAUAUGCGCUUGUGUUGUAGUUUUUAUACUUGUUUUCAAUGUAUCGAAAUACAAAUUAGGGUCCACUGGGUUCUCAAUUUCGACAAGAAAUAGCGUCAAUGUUUUAGUUGUGCAGAAGAGUGAUAUUAUUGCAUCGUCAAAAAGUUGUAUGCCAGGCUAUGACAACUGUGUGCGCGUGUUUGACACGUCUGUGGAUUAUUCCAGUGCAAAGCAGAUUCAUAAAUGCGUUGCGCUGAGGAUUCCAUCAGUCAAGAACAUUCCCAUUUGUGUAUACGAUCCUGCGAUAGAUAUUCAUGUUUCUAGAACUAUAAUAGCCAAUGGAAAUUGGGAAGUUGCAAACAUACAGAAAGUGCUAAGCAUACUUCAAAACGACCCACGUUUAGUAUUCUUAGACCUCGGUUGCAACGUGGGUGUGUAUACCAUUGCCGUAGCUAAGUUUGGUCGACCAGUGACCGCUCUUGAUGCCAACAGGAAGAACCUUGAGAUGCUGACUACGUCACUUCAGAAGGGAAAUAUUACUGGAAUGGUAAUGUUGAUCUGGAACGCGCUCUCUGACAAAGCUGAAACAGUUGGAUUUAAGGAGGACAACAGAAAUAUCGGCGGCCUUCAAAUGGUGAGCGGAGUAACCAACACAACACUGUUAGGUGAUUCAAAUAGCUCUGUUGCCAUUGUACUAGACGAUUUAGUGCCGUUGUUCAGAAAUAAGUCCGUGUUUAUAAAAAUGGACAUAGAAACGUAUGACCUCAAGGCAAUCAUGGGAGGAAAGAAAUUCUUCGAACAGGUCGAUGUUAAGUAUUUGUUUAUGGAAUGGUUUCACCAUAAAAACUCAGAGGUUGGAAGUAAAAUAAUACAGUUUAUGACAGAAAAAAAGUAUACACCGUUCAACCCACUGACAUCAGAGCCGUUGAAAAUUAAAAGUCGGAUGUCCUGGUCUGUAGAUAUAAUAUGGAUAAAGAAUACAAACUAAGUCAGCUGGCAGUUUUAUAGAACGUUAUGUGAUUGCAAGGCUCAAUUGUUCAUGGAAUUGUUGUGUGGCUAUCGACAAAUGACUUUUUUAUAUACAGUUCGUCAUUACCUAGAUGUCACAUUGAAUAAGCAGUCACCUGGUUAACGUGAUACGAAUUUAUUUCUCCCGACAUAAAUAGUCAUUAUUUAACCUGUAAUUUACGUUAGCAUUUUGCCUUCAACAAGGAAGCAGCAGACAGAAUUGUGUAUUUAACAAACUCAAGCGGUAACCAGAUAUCUGAUUACAGGAGCAGGUUAUGUUCUUUCAGUCCCAUGCAUGUCCCAAAUAAUUGCUAGUUAUCAGUUCGCGUAUUAGCCUAUUGCUUCACACGAUAAUGACAUUGUGCGAGAGAUAAUUUAAACUGUCACAACACGAGUUUUCCGCGUGGUUAGAAACGAACACGCUCCAUUGCAAUCAAAAUCAAUACUUUUCAAUAUGACUAUUUAUUAUCCUCUAAUAUCUUUGUUGGCAAAAUUUCAAAUGAUGACAAUGACAUUGAUUUACGCGCGCCUACUGAGAUAAGCAAUGUUUGUAUUUUGUUUUGUAUAAAAUGUAAUUUGUAUUUGAAAUCUUUAUGUUUAUAUUUUAAACAAUUAGAAUUAAAGGUCAUUCCUCUAUUUUUAGCCCCUUAAUUUGACCACGUUAUUGUCUGCUUCGCAUUUGUAAGACUGUAUAAGUCAUGACGGUAUAUUUAUUUCAAUGUCAACGUACGCUUCACUGCCAUUCAUUAAUAAUAAUUACUCCAUUCGUUGAUUAUAAUUACCUUAACUUAACACAUUGGUGUGCGUUUUUACAUGCGUUGGAAGUGCACAUCGAUUUGUUAAGGAAUUGAUAUUCCUUUAGUCUUAUCAUAAAAAUAAAGGUUCGCAGUUGUUAUGUUUCAUUUGUUUGAACAUUGAUAUUGAUAUCCAUGUGUUGUCUUCAAUACAACGUUACAGUUACAUUAAUCAAUUUAAAUAAAACAAACUUGUUAUA